AUGUCGUGCCAUGCAUGUUCAUCCCUCAAGUCUCGAAGUGAAAAAUCCCACGUUAGUAACUCCAUAGCUGUAUCUAGAAGCAGUAGCUCGUACCCAGAUCUGAGGCAGCAAGACUCAACAUGGGAAAGGGACGCCGAUGAUCACCCGUUUCGGUUCUUUGAUGACUUUGAAAUCAACAAGUUUCACUAUAACUAUAACCAUAACCCAGUUGGACCGAGAAGCUUUAGACAAGAACAAGAAGAAGAGGACGUUGAAGUUAAGGAAAUCCCAGUUGAUACCUUUGAAAUUCGUUCUUCUCCGGCACCACCAAAGUCACCGGCGCCACCGCCACCUCCACCACCUCCUCCUCCUCAACCAAAACGUACUUACGAAACGGUGGGUCGUAAAGAGAAAGAAGCCAAACAAAACGACACCCAGUUCAAAGAAGUGAAAGAGGAAGAGAAAAACAUACGUCGGACUCCACCACCAGCGCCUCCACCGCCGCCAUCUCUGGCGGGAGUUCGUUCGGAGGAGCAGAGGUACGUGAAGAGUGGGCGUAAAAAGAGCAAUGUGAAGAAGGAAAUAAAAAUGGUUUUGGCUUCAAUAUACAAGCAACGGAAGAGGAAUAAGAAGAAAAGAAAGGAUCCCUACGAUGAGUCGCUUCCGUCUGAAGCUGACCGAGCUUAUUCUACAAGGCCACUACCAUCGCCGCCGCCGCCACCACCUCCUCCACCACCCUCUGUUUUUCACAGUUUUUUUAAGAAAGGGUUAAUCAAAAGCAAGAAAGUUCACUCAGUCUCAGUCUCUGCGCCACCACCUCCUCCUCCGCCGCCACCCCCAUCAACUUCAACCUCAUCGAGAAAGAAAACCUGGGUUCCACCCAAACUUCACCGGCGGUCAAGCUCGGCCACGAUCGGCAAGCCACCAUAUCUUCAAUUGUGA